AUGCCCGACAGAGGACUUCGUGCGGUCUCCACCAGUCUUGAGAGAAUAGAUGAGAAUAAACCCUUGUUGCAGAGAAAGGGCAGUCGCGGGAGUAGAUUGGACGACAAGGACUUUAUCGUCGGAGGCUCCACCAUCUAUCAAACAGUCUUCAACAGUGUCAAUAUCCUGAUGGGUAUUGGAAUCCUGAGUCUGCCACUUGGUUUCGCGUAUGCUGGCUGGCUUCUCGGUGGCCUUCUCUUCUUUGCAAGUGGCGCUGUAACCCUGUAUACCGCACUGCUUCUAUCGCGGUGCAUGGCGGAUCGACCAGAACUCCAGACGUAUGCAGAUGUAGCGUACGCUGCAUUUGGUACAAAAGCCCGGUACUACGUUUCGCUAGCCUUCUCCAUGGAACUGCUCGCAAGCUGUACCGCACUCGUGGUUCUAUUCGGAGAUGGUCUCCAUUCACUCAUGCCGAGUAUCACAGCAACGCAAUUCAAACUCAUGGGAUUCUUUCUGUUCUUUGGGUCAUCAUUCGUACCCCUGUCAAUUCUCAGCAUUUCGAGCAUUGUUGGUAUUCUAGCCACGUCGAGCGUUGUUUUUGUUGUGAUUGCUGAUGGAUUCAUUAAGCAUACAUCGCCCGGCUCGUUGCUUCAACCAGCCCACACAGACUGGCUGCCACAAAAGCUGGGCUUGACACCUCUAGCCAUUGGACUCAUGAUGUCGCCUUGGUCUGCGCACAGCGUCUUUUGCAAUGUGUACAAGGAUAUGCGACAUCCACACAAAUUCGGGAAAGCCAUCAAGACAAGCUAUGGUAUCACUUCAAUCUUGGAUAUUGCCAUGGCCGUGAGUGGAUAUCUCAUGUUUGGAAAUGCCGUGAUGGAUGAAAUCACACAAUCCAUUCUAGGCACGGAAGGGUAUCCGCAGCUCAUCAGUGUAUUGAUUGUGGUGAUGAUUAGUAUUGUGCCUCUCACGAAAAUGCCGCUCAAUACACGACCCAUUGCAACGACUGUGGAUGUCUUGCUUGGCGUGGAUGAUCGAGUGGUGAAGGCACAUACGGCCGGCAGCAGUAUCUUGACGCGGUCGAGUAUUCGUUUCGGGGUACGUGUCUUGGUCAAUGGGAUUCCUGUGAUUUUGGGAAUCUUUUGCCCCAGUUUCGAUCGAGUCAUGUCGUUGUUGGGGAGUGGACUGUGCUAUACAAUUUGCGUGCUAUUGCCUGUUGCAUUUUACCUGAAGCUGUGUGGGCACAAGAUUGGGACGGGUGAGCGGAUGAGUCUGUAUGUGAUUUGGGUCUUUGCACUGUUGCUGGGGUGCCUGGGUACUGUGUGGACAUUCUUACCGCGUGAGUUGAUAGAGGGCUUAUAG